AUGUUUAAAGAUCUUUUGGAUUUAUUUAAAAGCUGGGCUUCAAGGAGAAUUCUUUCUGUUUCAAGUUAUGAAACAAUUUAUAAAAAUUGGGAUGUUGAAUUUGAUUAUGAGAAACCUUUUAUUUCAAAGGCUCUUAGAGAAGUUCUUCAUCUUUCUAAAGAACAGCCUUCUCUUGAACAAAUUGAGAAGGAUAUUAAAGAUUUGAAAAGGAAAAUUUUUGAUUUGAAAAAGGAUAUUAAAUCAUUGGAUAAAAAUAUAGAAUAG